UACACGAAACCUUUCUUUUUGAAAUUGUUUGACAAAUCUUGAAAUGAUAGUGUCACAUGACAUCGAAAUCAUCACAAGACUAUGAUCAAUCACGCAGCUAUCACAUUUGUAAACACGAUUAGGAGAUUAACAGCAGAUACCUUAUAGAAUAUUGAUAACUAAUUUAACACUCACAAAUCACCGCAUAUGUCUUUUAAAUAUGGGUGCCCUUUAGAAACAAACGUUAAUUAAAGCAUUUUAAAUACACUAAUCAGAUCGACGAUUAAUACAAAAUCAAUGAACAGUCUUAACUUGGGUAGUUGUGUGUAAGGAAAAAUGUUGUAGGAGGCUGUGUGUGAGUAAGAUACCUUUGUGUGUCACAUGGCCAAUGGGACAUGGUACAGUCAUAUGAUUUGUUAGUGUCCACAUUCAAGUUCAGUGCACGGUAACGACUAACAGUUAUUGAUAGAGUGCAUUCAUACUUAUGAUGGAUAUUCUAAAAAAUGUUCUAGACAAUAAUUCAUUCAUUUGAUUGUAAAUGAAAGUUCUUCUUAACAAUUUUAACAAGAUGCCUGUUCACCUAUAUCAUAUAAAUCAGUAUGAGAUUGUAAAGGAUAUGAAGAUGCAUUUUCACCAUUUUCAUGCAGAUCCAACCAGCUGGAAGAAGCCACAUUUUGAUGCGAAGUCGCUUCGUCUUGUCCUGUUUAUCGACAGCGACACUAAAGGAAGAAGGCUAGUCUUUGAUUCUAAAGCUCUUGUCAGGGAGGAUGGAAAGUGUUGUUUAAAGAAGGACCGAUCACCCCAUAAAAAACAUUCAUCAGAUGAAAAUGCAAUUAAGCACAAUGUUUCCAGCAAGAAAUGCUUCAGUUACCAGCCACAAAAAACUGGGUCAGACAAGAAGAAACUUGAGGAGAUAAUGUUUGGUGCACUGGGCGUGGCUUACAAGGGAACCUCCUUCAAGGUCCACGUCACCCGAUCCCCGCCACAGCUCAUGAUCACUAAGGUUUUUGUACCCGAGAAACCAAAGAAGCUGAUGGCUGCAGCAGGGGAGUGUGAGGACAAUAGCUUCUCGAGCGUGACAGACAUUGCUAACCCAAUACCCAGAGGGCUAUCAAUAUCACAAGGCAGCGAGAGCAGUCCAGUAGAUGUUCCCUCUCCUGCGCAGGCUAGCUGGAGGACUAGCAUGGACAUGAUUGACGAGGAUAGCGGUCUCGCGUCGCUGACUUCGUUAACUUCGAGCGGGAGUUUUCAGGGAAGCUACAGCGGUAGCCGCGGCAGUAACUACGCAAAACGUAUCAUUCGCGGUCAGACGACGUCGCUUGAUGGUCAUGGACGACGAGGCAGUCAGCAGGAUAAUAUAUUUCUGGAAUUUUCCGCUUCAAAAAUGCCAAAGAAGGUUAAGAUUGCCAUAGCGUGCAUAUUUGACACUUUAUCUGAAAAAGGCGAGAAGACAAGUGGGCUUUUCGAGAGUUUUUUCUUCUCCCAUAUUGCCCUGUUUGAGAGUCACCUGGAGCAGAUGAGACGGGAAAUCGAGCAGACGUACUACUGUGGCUCGAAACAUGCCUUCUACCCCGUCAUCAUCGAGGCUUAUGAGCACUUCUAUGAGGACAUAUGUGACCUGUACACGGCCCCCCGUCUCAGUGAACCCAUGUGGCUGAACAUGAUGUCCUUCACAAACUAUCGCUACAUGCUCUGUGAUAAGUUCCUGAAAGAGUUUGUGAGUCUGGUCAACAAAUUUGAGAGCCGGAACACAAACUUUUUCAUGAGCUCUCUGGUUACUGCGGUGUUGACCCACCAUCUAGCGUGGGUUCCCACGGUGAUGCCAGCAGGUGGAUCUCCCACGGGGUCCUACCUGGACAAGAACUCAGCCAAGUGGGUGGACUCCCUUGCCAAGUCUCACCCAUACAACCCACUUUGGGCACAGCUGGGAGAUCUGUACGGUGCCAUAGGAUUUCCAUUAAAACUUUCAAGGACAGUCAUUGUGGGUAAAAAGGCAGAGGUUGUGAAAAAGUUCUUAUUUGUUCUCAGUUACUUCAUUCGAUGUAGUGAUAUUAUUGAAUCUUCCGAGCUAGGGUGCCUAGAAACAUACAUAGAAAGUCUGACUUUCAAAGCAGACACGCCAAGCGACAGUGUGAAAACUGUGUCAAAUUCUGUGCCACGUUCAAGUGUUCAUUCAGAUUCUCCUACACCAGUCAAUGAAACAAGAGGAUUUGUGUUUCAUGAUGUUGGUGAGGAUAGUCCAAAGUCAUUCAUACCUUUGCCAUUGGAUUCCUUGAGAUAUGAAUCAAGCAGUGGUGUGGACUCAGUGAGCAGCAGUGAAAUAUUGGACUGUAAUAGUAACAACAGGAAAACUGAUCUUUCACAACCCUGUGAAGCAUGUAACGCUAAUCGGCUGUCGGACGGGAAAGUGGGAAAUAGUGUGUUUUAUGUCCCCAUCGGAAAUUGUGUAUGUGACAAAAGUCCUAGAACUUCUGGUGAUGAAAUCUCAAAGGGUAUUGCUGAAGAUGAUGAUGCUAGAAAAAGUCAACUGAAACUUAAGAAAGGUAACUUGAAACUUAUUCUGAAAGUUCCAGAGGAUGAGAACCUCACUAAACUCUCUGAGUGCCGUUUGUCUCAUGUUCAGAUAGCAGACAGUCCUGAACGUGAGCAUGUGGCCUUUAGUCGGAACUGUGAUUUUACUAGGACUAGUGAUUACCUUCUAAAGUUGCCAGUUGCAGGGAGAGACAUAAAGAUACCAGAAAAUGCCCAAAAAGUACUUUCCAAAAAGGAGAUAACAGACAUUUUCCAGCAUAAAGGCAGUAACAGCAUGUUUGAUGGGUAUUUUGAUGAUGAUACCAUUGAAGUUAAAACUAUUGAUGAAUUGGACGAAGGCGACAGAAUAGUUGACCUUCCAAAACAUAGACAUGAAAAACAGCGGUUCUUUUCAGGGGGAGAGAACUAUGAUUCGCUGUCAGACAGCGAUCCGUUUAAAGCUCCGUCCUUGCCAGAUCUGACCUCCAUGAAGUCUCGGGAAGUGAAAACAACGCCGCAAGAAGGAGAGUGGGCGUCGCGUGGGCGGCUGGGGUCACUGGAAAACCCUUACAAGCAUCGGAGGUCAUCGAUGUCAAAGCAGCUUUCAGAAGCCACAACCAAAAUAGGAAGGCACAGGCCAGUUACCCCUACGGAACACAAGCGUCGUCACGUCUCUUCUAACAGCAAUCAUGAGCUUGAUAUUGUUGACCCAAGAACCUAUUGCCAUGAACUUCCCAUGCCCAACCCGGUGCAAGAGAACAGUUGUUCAAGCCAGAAGCAGUUCAACAAGAACUUUGGACGCUCACUUCUGGCUGAUUUCUCAGACCACUACAUGUCCAACUUUGUUCUGCACGGGACGUCAGAUAAAGACCACUUAGAGAAGCUGAACAGGGACAUUCGGAUGGCAACGCAGUACUCUGUCUUGGAUGAACCCAUUGCAGAGGCAGUCAUAGUUGUGGCAGACACCGAUACAUGCCAAGUGAAAGUGUACAGCAGCCAGGACAUGGAGCUCCCCGGAAAGUACCCCCAGGACUGCCUGUGUUCUACCCUCGUCACAAAACUCGUAGAGUCCAUCGUGAACAUGGCCAGGCUGAAAAUGAGUCCCGAGUUUUGCAUCAUGCAUUUAGAAGACAGACUGCAAGAGAUCUACUUCAAGUCUAAAAUAAUGGCCGAGUACCUCAAGAAGAAAAAGAAUGUGAAGGACAUGCUAGUCAUGUUUGAGUUUGAUCGGAGUGAUCUCCCUUUGUUGGCAGCCAUUACGGGAACCCACACUCCGAAUUUCCCACUUGUCUGCUUGACGUGAUCCAACGCAGUUACUCUAAUUGUAACCUUAGGUCCUAAUUUAUUAAUUGGCAUCAAUUUCCUCUUUGCUGUCAGGGUAUUGAAAUGAAAAGCUUUAAUGUACAUUUAAGUCAUAUAAACUUGUGUUUCAAUCAUUAAUUACCUCCAGUGGUUAUCCUUUGUUAUACCCCCACAAACGAAGUUUAGGGGGGUAUAUAGGAGUGAACUUGUCGGUCGGUCGGUUGGUCUGUCUGUCGGUCCGUAUUAAGUGUCCACUCUCUAAUUCAAGUAGUUUUCAUCCGAUCUUCACCAAACUUGGUCAGAAGUUGUAUCUACAUGAUGUCUAGGCCAAGUUUGAACAUGGGCCUUGCCGGGUCAAAAACUAGGUCACAGGGUCACUUAGUGCGUUUUAAACAUUCAGCAUGUUGUCCGCUCUCUCAUUUAAAGUAGUUUUCAUCCGAUCUUCACCAAACUUGGUCAGAAGUUGUAUCUAGAUGAUCUUAAGGCCAAGUUCGAACAUGGGCCUUGCCUGGUCAAAAACAAGGUCACGGGGUCAAUUAGUGCGUUUUUUAACAUUCAGCAUGGUGUCUGCUCUCUUAUUCAAGUAGUUUUCAUCCGAUCUUCACUAAACUUGGUCAGAAAUUGUAUCUACAUGAUGUCUAGGCCAAGUUCGAACGUGGGCCUUGCCGGGUCAAAAACUAGGUCACGGGGUCACUUAGUGCGUUUUAAACAUUCAGCAUGUUGCCGCUCUCUAAUUCAAGUAGUUUUCAUCUGAUCUUCACCAAACUUGGUCAGAAGUUGUAUCUAGAUGAUCUUAAGGCCAAGUUCGAACAUGGGCGUUGCUGGGUCAAAAACUAGGUCACGGGGUCACUUAGUGCGUUUUUUAACAUUCAGCAUGGUGUCCUCUCUCUUAUUCAAGUAAUUUUCAUCUUCACCAAACUUGGUCAGAAGUUUUAUCUAGAUGAUCUGAAGGCCAAGUUCGAACAUGGGCCAUGCCAGAUCAAAAACUAGGUCACAGGGUCACUUAGUAUGUUUUACACAUUGAGCAUGGUGUCCGCUCUCUAUUUCAAGUAGUUUAAAUCCGAUCUUCACCAGACUUGGUCAGAAGUUGUAACUAGAUGAUGUGUAGGUCAAGUUCGAACAUUGGCCAUGCCGGGUGAAAAACUAGGUCAUGGGGUCACUUAGUGUGUUUUAAACCUCACCAUGUUGUCCGCUCUCUAAUUCAAGUAGUUUUUAUCCAAUCUUCACCAAAAUUGGUCAGAAGUUGUAUCUUGAUAAUGUCUAGGGCAAGUUUGAAUAUGGGUCAUGCCAGGUCAAAAACAAGGUCACGGGGUCAUUUAGUGCGUUUUAAACAUCACAAUGUUGUCUGCUCUCUUAUUCAAGUAGUUUUCAUCCAAUCUUGACCAAAUUUGGUCAGAAGUUGUAUCUAGAUGAUGUCUAGGUCAAGUUUGAAUAUGGGUCAUGCCGGGUCAAAAACUAGGUGACGGGGUAUCUUAGUGCGUUUUAAACCUCACCAUGUUGUCCGCUCUCUAAUUCAAGUAGUUUUCAUCCAAUCCUCACCAAACUUGGUCACAAGUUAAAUUUAUCUAAAUGAUCUCUAGGACAAGUUUGAACAUGGGCCAUUCUGGGCCUAAAACUUGGUCACGGGGUCACUUAGUGCGUUUUUUAACAUUCAGCAUGGUGUCCGCUCUCUAAUUCAAGUAGUUUACAUCCGAUCUUCACCAAACUUGGUCAAAAGUUUUAUGGAGAUGAUCUAAGGCCAAGUUAGAACAUGAGCCUUUCUGGGUCAAAAACUAGAUCAAGGGGUCACUUUUUUAAAAAUUGAGCAUGGUGUCUGCUGUUUUUUUUGAAGACGACAUGCAAAAUAUUAUGUGUCAAUGCGGCAUGUGGGGGUAUUCGUCACGUCUGUGACAAAGCUCAAGUUGUGCCUGUUUCAUUCAGUACCAGUAUUUGUUGGCAUGUUUUGCAAGUGCAACAUGUGUAAUAUUAAUUGUUGUGAUGUUAAAUUAUACUUGUGUUAAUACGUUAAUUUUAACUUUGUAUAUUUAUUGAUCAGUGUUAUGGUUAUAGUUUAGUAACUUUGUAAAUCUAUUGUAUACUCUUGGUCUGGUACACCUAACAUGCUAUUCUUAAUAUGAAUUUACUUAUAGUUUUACCAAAAAAUAUAUUUCACUUAUAAUGGGACAGCUACUGAAGUAAUUGACAUUACAAUUUGUGUAAAGCUAUUCAGGACAUAAAUGGACCCUUGAUUGUGGAAAGAAUUUGCAUAAUACACCACUUCUUAUUUUACUGUUAACAGUUUUUUUGUAACAUAAUCUUAAUGAUCCCAACAGAAUGUUGUCUCAAAUUUGUCUAAGUAUUGAUGUACAAAACUUUGCUCAAAUGUCUGUAUGUUUAGAAAGUUAAUAAAAUGUAAUUUCCCGCCAUUAAGUUAUGCUAUUUGAAUGCUUUUUUUUAAUGAUUAAUUUAUACAAAUAUAAUGUUUGGGGUAUAUUUGUAUGGCUAUAAUGGCUAAGAAAAAAAAGGAAUAAACUUGGGGCCUACAGGACUUAAAAGUUUUGAGGUACAUGUUUAGGGGACAUAUUGAUAAUGAACUUAAUUUAUAUUGGGGUAUAAUUGUAUAAUUGUACAUGGAGUUUUGAAGUGGGGUUACUGGGGUGACUGAUAUUGUGGGGGAAAUACUAGAGACAUGGAAGUUCUCAAUCUCAGGUUUAGUCUUUAUUUUUGAAAUCUCCGGUGAGAUUGGCUGCGUCAUGUAUUAUAAUAUAUUUGAGUUGAAGAACUUAAUUAAUUUAUUGUUUCUUGUGUUCAGCAUUUCAAAAGCAGGUUUGAUUUAAUUCAUAUAAAUAUAGGUUUAUAUUUAAAUAAAAAUGAUUUAAUUUAAAUUACAUUUUAUUUUAAAGUAUUCACAAUUUGUCCACAGAGUGGAAGGCAUAAAGCAUUUCACUUGUCUGUCCUAUGUUUGCUUGUACCUCCCAAAGCUUAUGUUUUCAACCUCUCUUUAAGGUAGUGCACCUCUAAUGAUUUCCCGCGAUUUCUUCGAAGGUUGAAGAGCCUACUAUUAGGUGCCGUAGCCUAGUGGUUAAGGCGAUAGACUAGAAAUCUUUUGGGAUAUUCCCGCGCAGGUUCGAAUCCUGCCGACGACGUAUACUUUUUUGCGACGCGUUUUAUUUUUUUUCUAACGUAAUUUGAUUUAAUAUGGCAUAUAAGCUAUAUUUAUUGUUAAAUAUGUUGCAAUUUUUAUGCACAUUCUUCAAUUAUUAAAAUUAAAACGUUAUGGCGAAAUUGGGUGAUUUACUGUUGAAUAUACGAACCAUGCAUGUUGCAUUUUUAUUUUUAUUUCAAAAAGUAAACGGUAAAUCUGUCUAGUUCUUGGUAUUUUUGCUGUAUAUAGUGUUAUCAUAAAAACUAAGUUUAAAAUAUGACUUAAAUGAUACUAUUUUGAAUUUUAUGACACUUUGUUUUUAACGGACCCAAUUUUUACUUGGCUGAAAUCACUGACAUUUCAUGGCGCUCUUCCAUAGAUAAAAAUUUGUAAAAAAUAAAUGUCUGUAAAAGAAUACUUAUUUCAUCUUGUUUAAACUUUAAACACCUUUACAGCAUCUGUACACACCAACUGUUUGCCCAUAUUUGGAAAUUUGGAUGAAUUAUGGAACUUUUAUAUACCCCAGGGGUGAAAAUAAACUGGACAAAAGCCGAGCGUGGGGGUGGUUUUGAAAAAAUCUGUAUAUUUUUUUUAAAAGCAUGGAAAGCCUACCUACAAAUUUGCAUGUAGUUCAGUGAAAUGAUGCUGAUUAAGAAAAUAAUUAAUUAGAUUAUAUUUGGAUAUGUGCCCAUAAGAGGUGCGCUACCUUAACUGAAGGUUUGAUCACACUCAAACUUUCACAGUAGAAUGACCUUAAUGGGAAGAUGAGCAGAAAGAAUAGAACUUGGGCUGCGAUAAUUUUUGACAUAAAAAUGGCCCUUUGUGUAUUUUUAUGCCCCUGGAUCGAAAGAUCGGGGGUAUAUUGUUUUUUGCGUGUCUGUCUGUUCAUUCAUUCAUUGUAUGUGUGUGUCUCAAUACUUUAACCCUCGUUAAAGUUUGAUAACUUUUGCAUUAUUGAAGAUAGCAACUUCAUAUUUGGCAUGCUUGUGUAUCUCACGGAGCUGCACAUUUUGGUGGUGAAAAGUCAAGGUCAUCCUUCAAGGUCAAAGGUCAAAUAUCAUUGUAUUUUUCUUUCCUAAAACGUAAACCUUCGUUAAAGUUUGGUCAUAACUUUUUUAAUAUUGAAGAUAGCAACUUGAUAUUUGGCAUGCAUGUGUAUCUCAUGGAGCUGCACGUUUUGAGUGGUGAAAGGUCAAGGUCAUCCUUUAAGGUCAAAGGUCAAAUUUAUGGCUUCAAAGCGGCGCAAUAGGGGGCAUUGUGUUUCUGACAAACACAUCUCUUGUGUCAAUGUCUAAUUUAAAGUCGCCUUAAAGUUAUGUUCUCAAAUCCUCUUUAACUAAAGGGUGGAUGGCAUUCAAAAUUUCAAAAUGUGUUUUCAUCUCCUCUUUAAUACUGGGUGGAGCUCGUUUAAACUUUCACAGUUGAAUUCCCUUAAAUUUUCAAAUAAUGGUGAAGAAAGAAAUGAGACUAGUUUUGGCAGAAUUAUGUCCAUUUUUAUGUUUUUCCAGUAUAGAAUAUAUGCAUGUAGUCCCGAAAUUUUGUGUUUUUAACUACUGGCUGAAUUAGCUCAAUUUUCACAUUUAAACACCCUUACUGUGUAGCUGAUCAUAGAGAAAAGAAUUAUGACUGCGACAAAUUUUGGCUGAAUUAUGGCCCUUUGUCUGAUUGUCUACUGUAGAAUAUAUAGUGGAUUUCUCUGUCUACGAACAUGUGUGGUAGGGAAAUAAUUGUGUGUCUUUUAAACAUUCCAAGUUUUGUAUGCUUUACGAAAUCUAGCACGUGUAAGUGGGUGGGACAAUUUAUAGUAAUCUCUGUUUCCAAAUCAAACCUCAUAUUUAUGCCAUGAAUAAAUAUUGUAAAACCAUAUACAACAGUUUAAUAUAAUAGUAUCUUGCUUUCCGAUAUUCAAUGGCAUAUGGAUUUUGAAAGAGGAUGAGGAUGUUAAUUUUGACUUGUUGAAAUUAAGAGUAGCAUUAAAUCAAAUAAAUAUGGGCCAUGGGCCCUUAUAGAUACAGAGUUUGGGUUAUAAAUUUAGGUUUAAGUGUAUGCUUGAAUACUGAAUGAUCUGAAGGGGGAUGUAGAUUAAUGUUUGAUGAGUACAGUUGGGAUAAUAGUAUGCAUUUGUUUGCAGAAAAGUAGGUUAUGUUUUAACAAUGUGUGUUUUUUUCACAAACAUUAUUCUUAUUUGUAAUAAAUAAGCAAUUGGUAAUAUCAUGUUAUACGUGUAUAUUUGAUCCCGUCUAAGCUUAGUUUCAGUAUUUAUUUGGCAUUGCAUGUGUUACCUCAGUAUUUUGCUUCAUAGUUCAUACGAUUGCUUCCGGUAAUAUUCUACUCAUUGAGUGAGAUGUAAUUUUAUGUAUUCAUUUUGGGGUGUAAAGUGUCAUAAUACAAAGCCAUUAGAUUAUGUAUGCUUGUGAAAUUUUUCACUUUAAGGAGUAAAUGAUUUUUAAAUGAUAAUUGUGAAUCAUGUCUGAACCUUUGUUUGAAAAUGGUGCUUGUCUUGUUUAUAGAUGUGUUAUUGAUGCUUAGUUGAUAACAAAUAUAAAAAUAAAAGAUAAGAACUA